UCGUUGGAAAACGUUUAGCCAACACUGUGGUUGCAGUGAAGUCCAGAUACACAUUUGUACGUUUUCUCUCUUUAUGUAAAUAACUUAUUUUAUCAACAACGGUUGUUUUGGGUGGAGAAACAAAAUCGGAAAUAUUAAAUAAUAACAAGAAAGCUUUGUAGAUCGCCGUGAACCAUCUGGAGAGUUACAGAGAUUUUCCUCCAGGAUGUCACUGCCUAAACGUGAGGUUGAUGAAUUGAGGCCAUGGGUGGAACGCACUGUAAAGAAGGUCCUUGGCUUUUCUGAACCCACUGUGGUCACAGCAGCAUUACAUUGUGUGGGAAAAGGUUUAGACAAAAGGAAAACCAUAGACCAGCUAAGACCAUUUCUUGAUGAUUCGGCAAGCAGUUUCGUUGAGCGUCUGUUUGAAGCUCUCGAAGAAAGCAGAAACUCUCGUGGAAGUAAAGGAGGUGGAGAGAAAAAUCGCAAAAGAGAACUAAAAGAAGUGUUUGGAGAUGAGAUGGAAGGGGUGAAGGAUGUAGUCAGUGUGGAAUCAGCAGUAAAAAAGAAGAGGGUGCCCCGCUUUGAGGAGGUGGAAGAACCAGUUGUUUUACCUGGUCCCCCUACUGAGAGUCCUGGCAUGCUCACUAAGAUUCAGAUAAAGCAAAUGAUGGAAGCAGCCACACGACAGAUUGAGGAGAGAAAGAAACAGCUAAGUUUUGUGGCUCCUACCCCCUCUUCGCAGUCCAGAUUAAGUGCAUCUCAGACAGACUCUAAUACUCCACGAUCUAUGAACCAAGCAGGGGGUGCAACCCAGUCCAUUGCUCCCUCUCAGGCUGCUAAUUUCAUGAACGAUGCUAUAGAAAAAGCACGCAAGGCAGCAGAGCUGCAGGCCAAGAUCCAAUCUACACUGUCCAUGAAACCAGGAAUUCUGGCUACUGUGGGAAACCCUGGGCCACAUAAUCUGGUAGCACUGGCCAAUUUGCACGCCAUGGGCAUUGCACCACCUAAAGUAGAACCUCGCGAGAUCACAAAGCCAACACCUCUCAUUUUGGAUGAACUCGGACGAACUGUUGAUGCCAGUGGGAAAGAAAUUGAGCUCACACAUCGUAUGCCCACUCUCAAAGCAAACAUCAGAGCUGUGAAGAGGGAACAGUUUCGACAACAAUUAAAAGAAAAGCCUAGCGAUGACCUAGAAUCCACAUCCUACUUUGACCCACGUGUGGCCCUUGCUCCUGCACUGAAACCCAAAAAAGGUUUUAGGUUCCAUGAACAGGGGCGCUUUGAGAAGAUAGCCCAGCGCAUACGCACCAAAGCUCAGCUGGAAAAAUUACAAAUGGAGAUUGCUCAGGCUGCCAAAAAGACUGGAAUACAGGCCUCCACUAAACUGGCUCUUAUUGCCCCAAAGAAGGAGCUGGGAGAGGGGGAGAUUCCUAAUAUAGAGUGGUGGGACUCCUACAUACUGCCUUUCCAUAUAGAACUAUCUGCUAAUACAAAUUUAGAUGAGGUGGACAUGCAUGGAGUCACCAACCUAGUUGAACAUCCAACCCAGAUGGCUCCACCAGUGGAUACCGACAAGCCAGUUACUUUGGGUGUGUAUUUGACUAAGAAAGAACAGAAGAAGUUAAGGAGACAAACUCGCAGAGAAGGCCAGAAAGAGGUGCAGGAAAAAGUCAGAUUGGGUCUCAUGCCUCCACCUGAACCCAAAGUGCGGAUCUCCAAUCUGAUGAGGGUUUUGGGCACAGAAGCUGUGCAGGACCCCACCAAAGUGGAGGCCCAUGUUAGAGCACAAAUGGCAAAGAGGCAGAAGGCACAUGAGGAGGCAAAUGCAGCACGCAAACUCACAGCAGAACAAAGGAAAGAAAAGAAGGUGAAAAAACUUAAGGAGGAUUUGAGUCAUGGAGUUCAUAUUGCUGUUUACAGAAUCCGAAAUCUGCACAACCCAGCCAAGAAGUUUAAAGUGGAGGCCAAUGCAAACCAGCUGUACCUCACUGGUACUGUGGUACUGCACAAAGAUGUCAACAUCGUAGUCGUGGAAGGAGGACCCAAAGCACAGAAGAAGUUUAAGCGAUUGAUGCUGACUCGGAUCAAGUGGGAUGAACCAAAUUCCAAGCGAGAUGAACAUCACGAUGACGAUGAAUCAAGGAAGAAUAAUAAAUGCUCACUGGUCUGGGAGGGUACAUCCAAGGAACGUAGCUAUGGGGAGGUUAAGUUUAAGCAGUGUCCAACAGAGAACAUGGCUCGGGAACAUUUUAAGAAGCAUGGCACCGAGCACUACUGGGACUUGGCUCUGAGCCAAAGUGUUCUGGAGACAACUGAUGACUGAAACAGACUGAACAACAACUCACAGUGGAGUCCAUGACAAUUUUUUUUUGUUUUGUUUUAGUUUUUUUUUUAAGAGAGAGAGAGAGAGAGAGAGAUGGAUUAGACUGGCAGAGAGAAGCGCAUGUAUAUAUCUAUAGUUUGAGUGAAUAAGAGAAUAAUUGUGCUUUGUGUACCUGCAGUACAGGUGUAAAACAAUGCAAGGCUUUGUUACAAGAGCUGGUGUCAUGAACAAGGAUGUUAAUCCUAAUUACAAGUGUGGACGCUGGUUUUGUUUCUCUUGUAAACGUUUUAUAGUGUAGGCUGUGCAUUUUUUUUUUAUUUUCUGUACUUUUGAUCCAUCUUGACUGCUCCUUUUGGCACAUUGAUUUGAUCUUUUCAGUUAGUAAAACUCAAUACUGACACGAGAAA